ACCAGGCACCCAUCUACGGCCGGCGAUACCGACAUUUUUAUUCUCCGCGAAAGUCGACACGUCCUUUUUUCUGGCCACCCGCAACUAUGUCGCGCUUUUUCUACGGCAACGACAGCGACAGCGACAGCAGCGGCUCCGAUGAGGAGGAGCUCUACAGCGAUGAGGAGGUCGAGCAGUCCGAGGAGGAAUCCAGCGAGGAGGAUGCCUCUUCGGAGGAGGAGUCUUCCGAGGAUGAGGACGCUGGAAAGGCCGGUGCCAGUCGUUUCAUGAAGGAUGUGAGCGACAGUGAGGAGAGCGAGGAGGAAGAUGUGGUCAAGGUCGUGAAGAGUGCGAAGAAUAAGAGGUUGGAGGAACUCGAGAGCACGAUCAAACUGAUUGAUAAUGCUCAGAAGAUCAACGACUGGGCAGUUAUUUCGUCAGAGUUCGAUAAGAUGAACCGUCAGGUAGUCAAGGUCCUCCAGUCUGGCCCCGUUCCCAAAAUCUAUGUCAAGACCGUUGCGGACCUCGAGGAUUUCGUCAACGAAACUGUCGCCAAGCAAAAAUCGUCGAACAAGAAGAUGAAUGCCAGCAACGCCAAGGGUUUUAACGCCAUCAAGCAGAAGAUCAAGAAGAACAACAAGGAAUAUGCUGCGCAGAUUGAGAAAUAUCGAGCGGACAAGGAUAGCUACAUGGAGAGCGAUGAAGAGGAAGAGAAGAAGCCUGCCAUCGCUGCCCCUCGGCUGAGCAAGUUGGAGCGCGUCGAGGCGCCUGUCGCUGUUGCUGGAGACGACGAUGGUUUUGAGACCGUUGUCCGAGGAAAGACCCUUCAGUACACGCCCGAGAGUAUUCUGAAGCAUCUGCGUGUUAUCGUCGAGUCGCGAGGAAAGAAGAAUACCGACCGUCUCGAGCAGAUUAAGACCAUGGAGAAGCUCCUGGAGGUGGCCCAGACGCCUUACCAGCGCAUCCGUGUCUACCUCACUCUCAUCUCCACACGUUUCGACCUUUCUACCACAUCUACCGCUGCGUACAUGAGCGUCGAGCAAUGGAAGGCAGCUGAGCAAGAAUUGUCUACCCUGCUUUCCGUUCUCGAGAAGGAGCGCAACUAUGUUGUCAGUGAAGGUGCCGAGGAAUGGGAGGACGAUGAGAAGCAGCCUCAGGUUGCUGCUGGCGAGACUUUCUAUAUCCCUGGCAGUAUCGUUUCUUACGUUGAGAGACUGGAUGAUGAGCUCACGAGGUCUCUACAACAUAUUGACCCCCACACCGCCGAGUACAUUGAACGCCUAAGUGAUGAGAAACAGCUGUAUACCAACCUUGUGCGGACCCAGAUCUACGUUGAAGGCCUCACAAAGCUGGAAAAGACGGAACUACGCCAGGAUAGUCUUAACCGAGUGGUGAUGAGGAGACUCGAGCAUAUCUACUUCAAGCCUUCCCAGGUUAUUACAAUUCUGGAAGAGGGCACCGAUAAGGCCCUUCCCUCCGAGCUGGAGACCUCUAUCACAACUCGCGGCAACAGUGAUGCCCAGACCCUCGUGCAGACGCUUUGCAACUACCUGUUCAGGAACAGCGACGGUAUCCUUCGAGCGCGUGCUAUGCUCGCCCAGAUCUACUUCCUUGCUCUCCACGACCAGUACUACCGUGCUCGCGACCUGAUGCUCAUGUCCCACUUGUCCGAGAACAUUGCCAAUUUCGACGUGAGCUCUCAGAUCCUCUUCAACAGGACGUUGGUUCAGAUUGGUUUGUGUGCUUUCCGCGCUGGUCUCAUUUACGAGGCUCAGAACACCCUCUCGGAAAUUUGCGGCAGCGGUCGCCAAAAGGAGCUUCUCGCCCAGGGUAUCAUCCUGCAGCGUUACUCCACCGUCUCCCCUGAACAGGAGCGUCUCGAGCGCCAACGCCAACUCCCCUUCCACAUGCACAUCAACCUCGAGCUGCUCGAGUGCAUCUACCUCACUUCUAGUAUGUUCCUCGAGGUUCCUCUGAUGGCCCAAACCUCAUCGUCUCCCGAAAUGAAACGUCGCGUCAUUUCCAAGACCUUCCGCCGCAUGCUCGACUACAAUGAGCGCCAGGUCUUCACUGGCCCUGCAGAGAACACCCGUGAUGGCGUCAUUAUGAGUGCUAAGUUCCUUGCUGCCGGUGACUGGAAGAAGGCCGCCGAGAUGCUUAACUCCAUCAAGAUUUGGGAUCUCAUGCCUCAACCAGAGAAAAUCAAGGAGAUGCUUUCCCAGCAGAUCCAGGAAGAGGGUCUCCGCACAUACCUCUUCACCUAUGCCCCGUUCUACGACAGCCUCUCCAUCUCGACCCUGUCUACCAUGUUCGAGCUUUCCGAGAAGAAGAUCGCCGCAAUCAUCAGCCGCAUGAUCUCGCACGAAGAACUCGGUGCAGCCCUCGACCAGGUAAACGACGCCAUUGUUUUCCGCAAGGGCGUCGAGCUUUCCCGCCUGCAGUCCCAGAUCGUCACCCUCGCUGACAAGUCCAUGAACCUUCUCGAGGCUAACGAGAAGACCCUUGAGCAACGGACGCAGGGCAUGGCCAAUGCUUUCCAGCGCGACCAGGGCGCUGGCGCCCGUGGCGGCCGUGGUCCCAGAGGUGGCGGCCAGGCCCGUGGCGGACCCAGGUUACCCGGAGGUCAACAGCGUCGGCCCGGUGGUCAGCAGUUCGGUGGCGGUGCAUUGGGUGGAGCGAUCAAGGCAUAAAUAAAAUAAGGUUUUUUAUAAUGGCAUGUCUCUUCCUUUUUCUCUUUACUCACGGUCUAAUGUUCUUACUGGAAUAUGACACGUAUGAUCAUUCCUUGUUCUUACGUAUGAUGUCUAUUAGAGGAGUUAUUUCAAUCUCUCAUUUCUUCACCUGUAACUAGUGCAAGUGAGCUUGGCUAGAGUAUUAAGGGCUCAUAGGUAUACCGAAGUUCCAUGCUUGCAGAGAUGUAGCAGCAUAAUGAUAGACGGUGAAUCCAGCCCCAACCACUAUCGCACCAUCGAAGUGGCUAUUGUCACUUGUAGUCCUCGACAAUUGGUUGAAGUUUGAUUUAAAAUACCUGGUCGCUGCACGGAGCCCCAAAAGCCCACAUCGGUAGGCUGAAUGAUGGUACUACGG